CAGUUAAUCUAAAAGUGACGCUCAUACUCCUGGCAUCGAGCAGCUAGCCAGCUUAGAGUCGGGCCCUUUGCAAACAAGGAGCCCGGAACGUGCAAACCUGAAGGCACAGUUGAGGAGACCUGGAAGAGGCAAGGUGGAGGGACAGGUGUGUCUUGGGAAAUAUCUAGAAGAUGUGAUUUCCUCACUGACUUCUCCGAGUUUUAAAUGGAAAGACCCCGCCGAUCCUCAUUCAUGUGAUUGGAGGUUUUCUGAAUGAUAUUGCUUCUUUUUCUAUCUUGUUUGAUUUUCUCCUGCUUGACCUUGUCCUGGUUAAAAAUCUGGGGGAAAAUGACAGACUCUAUGCCAGUCACCAAGAGUAAAUCAGAAGGGAGCUGUAUCCCAAGCCAGGAGCCCUUUCCAGCAUCAUACAGCUCAGGGGAGCCACCGCAGAAAAACAGUGACUGCAGCCCUCUGCCAGAGACUCCUAACCAGGCCAAGCCAGCCUCCCACAAAGAUCCUAAAGAUGCCUGUCGGCCGAGAACUUCCAGGCCACCCCCACACCAGAAUCCCCCAGGAAACCCCCAUACCUCGGAUAACACCCCUGCAGCACUCCAAGCCAAUGGGAUGGGGACCGAAGGCCUGAAGACCCUGGAUACCAGUGGCCUGCCAUCUUCAGCCAAGCCCCAGGGCCAGCGAGCCAGACCCUUCUCCAAAGAAGACGAGAAGCAAGAGCACAUCAAGAGGCAGCUGAUGACCAACUUCAUCCUGGGCUCCUUUGAUGACAACUCCUCUGAUGAGGACCCUGGCGCUGGCUUGUUCCGAGAGUCUUCCCGGAAGGGCAGCCGGGCCAGCCUGGGGACCAUGUCCCUGGAGGCCGCUUCGACUGUAGGCGAAUCCGAGAACCCCAUUCCCACUAUGAGACCUAGCAUGUCUGGACUCCACCUGGUGAAGAGGGGCCGAGAACUGAAGAAGCUGGACCUGCACAGAGACUUUACUGUGGCCUCCCCGGCUGAGUUUGUCACACGCUUUGGGGGGAACCGGGUCAUUGAGAAGGUGCUCAUCGCCAACAAUGGCAUCGCCGCCGUGAAGUGCAUGCGCUCCAUCCGCAGGUGGGCCUAUGAGAUGUUCCGGAACGAGCGGGCCAUCCGGUUUGUAGUCAUGGUGACCCCAGAGGACCUGAAGGCCAAUGCAGAGUAUAUCAAGAUGGCAGAUCAGUAUGUCCCUGUCCCGGGAGGGCCCAACAACAACAAUUAUGCCAACGUGGAGUUGGUUGUGGACAUUGCCAAGAGGAUCCCCGUGCAGGCGGUGUGGGCUGGCUGGGGCCAUGCUUCCGAAAGCCCCAAACUGCCGGAGCUCCUGUGCAAGCAUGAGAUUGCUUUCUUAGGCCCUCCGAGUGAGGCCAUGUGGGCCUUGGGAGAUAAGAUCGCCUCCACCAUUGUGGCCCAGACACUGCAGAUCCCAACACUGCCCUGGAGCGGAAGCGGUCUGAUGGUGGAAUGGGCAGAAGGUGAUCUGCAGCAGGGGAAAAGAAUCACUGUCCCAGAAGAUGUUUACAACCAGGGUUGUGUGAAAGAUAUAGAUGAGGGCUUAGAGGUGGCAGAAAAAAUUGGUUUUCCCUUGAUGAUCAAAGCAUCCGAAGGCGGUGGAGGGAAAGGAAUCCGGAAGGCAGAGAGUGCUGAGGACUUCCCAGUCCUUUUCAGACAAGUGCAGACUGAGAUCCCCGGCUCCCCCAUCUUCCUCAUGAAGCUGGCCGAGCAUGCCCGACAUCUGGAGGUCCAGAUCCUUGCUGACCAGUAUGGGAACGCCGUGUCCCUGUUUGGGCGUGACUGCUCCAUCCAGCGGCGGCAUCAGAAGAUCAUUGAGGAGGCACCGGCCACCAUUGCCAUACCGGCUGUCUUCGAGUUCAUGGAGCAGUGUGCCGUCCGCUUGGCCAAGACUGUGGGCUACGUGAGCGCGGGGACGGUAGAAUAUCUCUACAGCCAAGAUGGCAGUUUCCACUUCUUGGAGCUGAAUCCCCGCCUGCAAGUGGAGCACCCCUGCACAGAGAUGAUCGCGGAUGUCAACCUGCCGGCUGCCCAGCUGCAGAUUGCCAUGGGGGUACCAUUGCACCGGCUGAAGGAUAUCCGGCUUCUGUAUGGAGAGUCGCCAUGGGGUGUGACGCCCAUUUCAUUUGACACUCCUGCCAACCCUCCGCUCGCCCGAGGCCAUGUCAUCGCGGCCAGAAUCACCAGUGAGAACCCUGAUGAGGGGUUUAAGCCAAGCUCUGGAACGGUUCAGGAACUGAAUUUCCGCAGCAACAGGAACGUGUGGGGUUAUUUCAGCGUGGCGGCUGCUGGCGGCUUACACGAAUUUGCUGACUCCCAGUUCGGGCACUGCUUCUCCUGGGGAGAGAACCGGGAAGAGGCCAUUUCGAACAUGGUGGUGGCUUUGAAGGAACUGUCCAUCCGGGGCGACUUCAGGACCACCGUGGAGUAUCUCAUUAACCUGCUGGAGACUGAGCGCUACCAGAACAACGACAUCGACACUGGCUGGUUGGAUUACCUCAUUGCUGAGAAAGUGCAGGCUGAGAAACCAGAUAUCAUGCUCGGAGUAGUGUGCGGGGCCUUGAACGUGGCCGACUCAAUGUUCAGAACUUGCAUGACGGAUUUCUUACACUCGCUGGAAAGGGGCCAGGUCCUUCCUGCAGCUUCUCUGCUGAACAUCGUGGAUGUGGAAUUAAUUUAUGGAGGUGUUAAGUACAUCCUCAAGGUGGCCCGGCAAUCUCUGACCAUGUUCAUCCUCAUCAUGAAUGACUGUCAUAUCGAGAUCGAUGCCCACCGGCUAAGCGAUGGGGGGCUGCUGCUGUCCUAUAAUGGUAACAGCUAUACCACCUACAUGAAAGAAGAGUUUGACAGUUACCGUAUUACCAUCGGCAACAAGACUUGCGUGUUUGAGAAGGAGAACGAUCCCACGGUCCUGAGGGCCCCUUCGGCUGGGAAGCUAAUACAGUACACGGUGGAGGACGGGGGCCAUGUUGAGGCCGGGAGCAGCUACGCCGACAUGGAGGUAAUGAAGAUGAUCAUGACCCUGAACGUGCAGGAGAGUGGCCGGAUCAAAUACAUUGAGCGCCCGGGGGCCACGCUGGAAGCAGGCUGUGUGGUGGCCAGGCUGGACCUCGACGACCCUUCCAAAGUGCACCCGGCCAAGCCAUUCACAGGAAAGCUCCCUUCCCAGCAAACUCUACCCAUCAUGGGAGAGAAACUGCACCAGGUUUUCCACAAUGUCCUGGAAAACCUGACCAACGUCAUGAGUGGCUACUGUCUGCCGGAGCCUAUUUUUAGCACAAAGCUGAAGGAGUGGGUGAAGAAGCUCAUGAUGACCCUCCGGCACCCAUCACUGCCGCUCUUGGAACUGCAGGAAAUCAUGACCAGCGUGUCUGGCCGCAUCCCCACCCCCGUGGAGAAGUCUGUUCGCAGGGUGAUGGCUCAGUACGCCAGCAACAUCACCUCAGUGCUGUGCCAGUUCCCCAGCCAGCAGAUAGCCACCAUCCUAGACUGCCACGCAGCCACCCUGCAGCGGAAGGCUGAACGGGAGGUAUUCUUCAUGAACACUCAGAGCAUCGUGCAGCUGGUCCAGAGGUACCGCAGUGGGACCCGAGGCUACAUGAAAGCAGUGGUGUUGGACCUUCUGCGGAGAUAUUUACGGGUGGAGCACCAUUUCCAACAAGCUCACUAUGACAAGUGUGUGAUCAACCUCAGGGAGCAGCUGAAGCCAGACAUGUCCCAGGUGCUGGACUGCAUCUUUUCCCACGCACAGGUGGCCAAGAAGAACCAGCUGGUGAUCAUGUUGAUCGAUGAGCUCUGUGGUCCAGACCCUUCCCUGUCGGAAGAGCUGACCUCCAUCCUCAUCGAGCUCACUCAGCUGAGCAAGAGCGAGCAUUGCAAAGUGGCCCUCAGAGCCAGACAGGUCCUGAUCGCCUCCCACCUCCCGUCCUACGAGCUGAGGCACAACCAGGUGGAGUCCAUUUUCCUGUCUGCCAUCGACAUGUAUGGCCACCAGUUCUGCCCAGAAAACCUCAAGAAACUAAUACUCUCCGAAACGACCAUAUUUGAUGUCCUGCCCACUUUCUUCUACCAUGCUAAUAAAGUCGUCUGCAUGGCAUCCUUGGAGGUUUAUGUGCGACGGGGCUACAUUGCCUAUGAGUUAAACAGUUUGCAGCACCGGGAGCUCCCAGAUGGCACCUGCGUGGUGGAGUUCCAGUUCAUGUUGCCCUCCUCCCACCCAAACAGGAUGGCUGCGCCCAUCAGCGUCACCAACCCCGACCUGCUGAGGCACAGCACUGAGCUCUUCAUGGACAGCGGCUUCUCCCCACUGUGCCAGCGGAUGGGGGCCAUGGUCGCCUUCAGGAGAUUUGAGGACUUUGUAAGGAAUUUUGAUGAAGUCAUCUCCUGCUUUGCCAAUGUGCCCCAGGAAGCCCCCCUCCUCAGCAAGGCCUGCACUUCCCUGUACUGUGAGGAAGACAGCAAGAACCUCAGAGAAGAGCCAAUCCACAUCCUGAACGUGGCCAUCCAGCACGCGGACCACCUGGAAGAUGAGGAGCUGGUGCCGAUUUUCCGGACGUUCGUACAGUCCAAGAAAAACAUCCUUGUGGAUUAUGGACUCCGAAGAAUCACAUUCCUGAUUGCCCAAGAGAAAGAAUUUCCCAAGUUUUUCACGUUUAGAGCAAGAGAUGAGUUUGCAGAAGAUCGCAUUUACCGUCACCUGGAGCCUGCCCUGGCCUACCAGCUGGAGCUCAGUCGGAUGCGCAGCUUCGAUCUUACCGCAGUGCCCUGCGCCAACCACAAGAUGCACCUGUACCUGGGCGCCGCCAAAGUGAAAGAAGGGGCAGAAGUGACAGACUACAGGUUCUUCAUCCGCGCCAUCAUCAGGCACUCGGACCUCAUUACAAAGGAAGCCUCCUUUGAGUACCUGCAGAAUGAGGGUGAGCGUCUGCUCCUGGAGGCCAUGGAUGAGCUGGAGGUGGCUUUCAACAACACCAACGUGCGCACCGACUGCAACCAUAUCUUCCUGAACUUCGUGCCCACCGUCAUCAUGGACCCCUCCAAGAUCGAGGAGUCUGUGCGUUCCAUGGUUAUGCGCUAUGGCAGUCGGCUGUGGAAACUCCGUGUGCUGCAGGCUGAGGUUAAGAUCAACAUCCGCCAGACCACCACUGGCAAUGCUGUUCCCAUCCGCCUGUUCAUCACCAAUGAGUCAGGCUACUACCUGGACAUCAGCCUCUACAAAGAAGUCACCGACCCCAGAUCUGGAAAUAUCAUGUUUCACUCCUUUGGUGACAAACAGGGACCCCAGCACGGGAUGCUGAUCAACACUCCCUAUGUCACCAAGGAUCUGCUUCAGGCCAAGCGAUUCCAGGCCCAGUCCCUGGGCACCACCUACGUCUAUGACUUCCCAGAGAUGUUCAGGCAGGCUCUCUUUAAACUGUGGGGCACCCCAGACAAGUACCCCAAGGACAUCCUGACAUACACUGAACUCGUGCUGGAUCCCCAGGGCCAGCUAGUGGAGAUGAACCGCCUUCCUGGGGGAAAUGAGGUGGGCAUGGUGGCCUUCAAAAUGAGGUUCAAGACUCCGGAGUAUCCGGAAGGGCGGGACGUGAUCGUCAUCAGCAAUGACAUCACGUUCCGAAUUGGGUCCUUUGGCAUGGGAGAAGACCUCCUGUACCUGCGGGCAUCGGAGAUGGCCCGGGCAGAGGGCAUCCCCAGAAUCUACCUCGCAGCCAACAGUGGGGCCGGUAUCGGCCUUGCAGAGGAGAUCAAGCACAUAUUCCAGGUGGCUUGGGUGGACCCAGGAGACCCCAACAAAGGAUUUAAGUACUUGUACCUGACCCCCCAAGACUACACCACAGUCAGCUCCCUGAAUUCUGUCCACUGUAAACACAUCGAGGAAGACGGAGAAUCCAGGUAUGUCAUCACGGAUAUCAUCGGGAAGGACAGUGGUGUGGGCGUAGAGAAUCUCAGGGGCUCCGGCAUGAUUGCGGGGGAGUCUUCCCUGGCUUAUGAAGAGAUAGUCACCAUCAGCUUGGUGACCUGCCGAGCUGUGGGGAUUGGGGCCUACUUGGUGAGGCUGGGCCAGCGAGUCAUCCAGGUGGAAAACUCUCACAUCAUCCUGACAGGAGCCAGCGCGCUAAACAAGGUCCUGGGCCGAGAGGUGUACACCUCCAACAACCAGCUGGGCGGCGUGCAGAUCAUGCAUUACAACGGCGUCUCCCACACCACUGUGCCGGACGACUUCGAGGGCGUGUACACCAUCCUGGAGUGGCUGUCCUAUAUGCCAAAGGAUAAUCACAGCCCAGUCCCCAUCAUCACACCCACGGACCCCAUUGACCGAGAAGUUGGGUACUACCCGACCAAGGCUCCGUAUGACCCCCGGUGGCUGCUUGCAGGAAAGCCUCACCCGACUCUGAAGGGAUCCUGGCAGAGUGGAUUCUUCGACCAUGGCAGUUUCAAGGAAAUCAUGGCACCUUGGGCCCAGACUGUGGUAACAGGACGAGCAAGGCUGGGGGGUAUCCCUGUUGGAGUGAUCGCCGUGGAGACGCGGACCGUGGAGGUGGUGAUUCCUGCGGACCCUGCCAACCUGGAUUCAGAGGCGAAGAUAAUCCAGCAGGUGGGCCAGGUGUGGCUCCCAGACUCGGCCUACAAGACAGCCCAGGCCAUCAAGGAUUUUAACCGAGAGAAGUUGCCCCUGAUAAUCUUUGCCAACUGGAGGGGGUUCUCCGGUGGCAUGAAAGACAUGUACGACCAGAUGCUAAAGUUCGGAGCCUACAUCGUGGACAGCCUCAGGCAGUAUAAACAGCCCAUCCUGUCCUAUAUCCCACCCAACGCAGAGCUCCGGGGAGGCUCCUGGGUGGUCAUGGACUCCUCCAUCAACCCCCUGUGCAUAGAAUUGUACGCAGACAAGGAAAGCAGGGCGAAUAUUCUGGAGCCGGAGGGAACGGUGGAGAUUAAGUACAGAAAGAAAGAUCUGAUAAAGACCAUGAGAAGGAUUGACCCAGCUUACAAGAAGCUCGUGGAACAGCUAGGAACACCAGGGCUCUCCGACAAGGACCGCAAGGACCUGGAGGGCCAGCUGAAGGCCCGGGAGCAACUGCUGCUGCCCGUCUAUCACCAGGUGGCGGUGCAGUUCGCCAGCCUCCACGACAAGCCCAUCUGCAUGCUGGAGAAGGGUGCCCUUGCUGACAUCUUGGAAUGGAAGACCUCGCGCACCUUUCUGUAUUGGCGCCUGCGCCGCCUCCUGCUGGAGGACCAGAUCAGGCAAGAGAUCCUGCAGGCCAGCCCUGAGCUGAGCCACGUGCACAUCCAGUCCAUGCUGCGGCGCUGGUUCGUGGAGACCGAGGGGGCCGUCAAGGCCUACAUGUGGGACAACAACCAGAUGGUGGUGCGGUGGCUGGAACAGCACUGGCAGGCGGGGGACGGCCUGCACUCCACCAUCCGCGAGAACAUCAAGUGCCUGAAGCGUGACUCCGUCCUCAAGGCCAUCAGAGGCCUGGUACAGGACAAUCCAGAAGUAGCUGCGGACUGUAUUGUGUACAUGAGCCAGCACGUCAGCCCGGCCGAGCGGGCACAAGUCAUUCACCUUUUGUCCACCAUGGACAGCCCAGCCUCCACCUGAACCCAGCCCACCACACUCUCUUGCAGGACCACAGGCAAGAGAAAUCAUGCUGACCCGCCUACCGCAGGCCUCAUCAGGACCUUGGGGGUUUGCUUAAAAAAAAAAAAAAAAAAAAAAUCCUGGACAUUUCUUCAGGGCUACUGGCCUCCCACUCACUCCUGUCUCAAUAGAAGUCUCAGGAGUGUCUCCUUCCAAACAGAAACAGCUUCCUCUCUGCUUCGGGGAAGUUUGGUCUAUGUCUCUUGAGACAACACGUUUUGCUGCGUCACCAAAUCAGCCUGAACCCAAACACCCCGGUUUCCUUCUGCCUGGCGUGUGGGAUCGAGGAGUUCUUGUAUCAGAUCAUGGAAUCUUUUAUUUUUUUUACUCUGAGACCAAUUCAUGAUGGAAGCAUCUUCUAUAUUUCAGCAGAGUAACUAGGCCAAGGAAAGAAGAGCAGAGACAAGAAGAAAAAAAAAA